AUCACCUUCAAUAUUAAAUACUAAAUAGAAGAUUCUUUUCUGAACAUGUCAUUAUAUUUCUGACCUGUUCUAAAUAUAACACUAAAUAGCAAGGUAGAAACUCAGGUGCAGAGUGCAAUCUACUUCACGUGAAGUUCGACUUCACGAACUUCACGUGAAGUUGAUACCUGAGAAUCUAAUACCUGAGAGUUUUCAGAUGAUUUCAAUUUCACCUAGUUUUUCACCAAAUAGCAAAUGUAUUAGAUUAAAAACACACCCACUCCUCUCUAUCAAUUUCUCACGUGCAUGCUUUUACGUGUGUCUUCUUCACCUUCGUUGAUGAUGAUGAAGUGAAGCGUGAUACUGAUAAUGGCAUCUCGUCGUUGCUUCACAAUGUUGACACGGGUGCGUUGGACUUGGGUAUUCCUUCAACACUGUACCACAACUCCCAACACCAUCACCCACCACUCUUCUUCAUUGUUGUUGAGAGUCUUUGACAUUGCCAAAACGGCGUCGUGUUUCCGACACUACCACGACGGAAGGCCCAGAGGCCCACUUUGGAGAGGAAAGAAGCUCAUUGGCAAAGAGGCGCUCUUUGUCAUUCAAGGUUUGAAGCGCUUCAAGGAUGACCACGACAAACUUCACAAGUUCAUCAAAAACCAUGUCUUGAGGCUCUUGAAGCUUGACUUGAUCGCUAUUCUCACUGAGCUUGAGCGCCAGGAAGAAGUUUCUCUCGCCCUCAUGGUUUUUAAGGUGAUGCAAAAGCAAGAUUGGUACAUUCCAGAUAAAUACUUGUAUAAGGACUUGAUUAUUGCACUGGCAAGGGCUAAAAAGAUGGACGAAGCAAUGGAAAUGUGGGAAAGCAUGAAAAAGGAGAAUCACUACCCUGAUUCUCAGACCUAUACUGAGGUUAUAAGAGGCCUCUUGAAGUAUGGAUCUCCUGCAGAUGCGAUGAAUGUGUAUGAGGACAUGAAGAAUUCUCCAGAUCCACCAGAAGAGUUACCAUUCAGGAUUCUGUUGAAAGGACUCUUACCUCAUCCACUUCUGAGAAACAAAGUGAAACAAGAUUUUGAGGAGAUUUUUCCUGAUUCAAGUAUAUAUGAUCCACCACAAGAGAUAUUUGGUGUACGCUGAGAGGUUUCUCAAUAGCUAUUGCGGAUUGGUUUUGCAUGCCAAAUGCCUUUGGUGAUUUAAGUAUGCUAUCAACCCCUUUCCUUUUUGAUAGGAGCUCCUGGCCUUAUGAAGCAUUCUGGAAGGAGUUGAGUUGUGGAAUAACCUGGGUAGUAGUUGAGGGCCAAGGCUGUUAUGGAUGGUGCUUCUUGUUUGAGCUUCAUUUUGUAGAUUGAGGGUUUACAUUUACUGAUUAGUCUUUGUAUAUAGUGUUGAGACGGAUUGAACAUAGAUCGGUUUGGAAGAUGUUGAUGCUCUUUUUCAGUUUUAUCGUUCAUAAUUCCAUAUCAGCAAUGUACAAAUUGUUAUCAAAGGGAAAAUUUUUUUUAGUAUUUGCCGAACAGCAUGAUGGAUAAUAAACUUUUAAGCAAUGGGUAUGAAUAUUUUUCCUGUUUCAA